AUGAUCGAAUUUAAAAACUCCAUGUCUGCGAAAUCCGGCGGGUUUCGGUGUAAAAUGAAAGGGGCAGAAGAAGGAUUCACCUUUUGUGGAACUUGCACAUCUUGCCGUUUCACUACUAAACUCACGGACUCGACAAGGUGGUUGAGCCGCGCGGGGCAAUCGACCAAGAGGACAUUUCUCAUCGGACUACUAGUGCGCUGCAAAAGCGUGCCGGUUCUCGAAAGCAUUAGGGAUGUGCUGCAGGUCACCUUCGGGAAAGACUUUACCUACAGCAGGUCAAAGAGGCCAAGCUUGGCAGAUGAUGUGAUGACUCUCAGCUCGAACCGAGCGCUGGAUAGAAAACUGUUCAGCGCAGACGUGGUGGAAACAUUGAAUUGGUUUAGUUGCAGCCAGGACUGGAUUAAGUCAAGUUAUCUGUUAUCGGUGCUGUCGCUUUGUGACACUGGGCUGCUGCACAUGCUCGCAAACCUCAACGACGUGCUUCUGGCAAGGGAGCAACGCGCAUGUCUGCUCCGAAAUGCCACAGAGGUGGACUCCAUCCCAGAUUGUGCUUCCUCCUUUUGCUCUGAAGAUCGUCCACACCUGGAUCUUCUCAGGCAAGCCGGCUCAAUGUUUGAGCCGGUGUCACUUUGUGAGGACAAGAAUGAUGCGAAGAGACCCACUUGUCUAAUCUCCACAUCAUUUGAGCCAACCAUAAGAGAACCAGCCAGGAGGAAGGGAGCCUGGGUCAGGAAGGGGACCCCAUGGGAGGACCCAGGUUCGGACGGUGAGGACCCGGCCUUGAUGGUGACCCCCCGCUCCUCAGCCGCCCUGUCUGGGGUGGGCCGGUACCGGGACUUCCUGCGCUGCCUCCCGGUCCACCUGGCCAAGAGGAUCCUAGGUCUUACAGAUAAGCUCACUUUGAGAUGCUGCAGAGAUGUGUCCCAACACUGGCGGUACCUUGCAGAUGACCUUGUUUUAGAUCAGAACGCCAAGAAAGUAGUGAGAAACCAAGUUCUGAUCAUCCAGAGUAACCGUAAUAAGAAGGUGCUCAGCGACGUCUACGCCAAUGUUCUGGAGGUCCUCGUACCCAUUGGAACAGACGAAGACGAGGACGUUCCCUCUGAAGUUCAUGAGGGGGAGCUGUUCAGAGGAGCUUACUCAGGCCUGAGAACGAAGGCGGUGCAGAUGGAGGAGCGCAAUGUUUACUGCGGCUUGUUCAGUGUCACCACGCUGCUGGAGAAGGAGGAUCCUCACCGCUUCGUACAUUACGGAGGGGGCUCUCUGGUGGCCAUGGGCUCUAAGGACCGAGUGGUGCGUCUACUGAGUAUAGCGUCCAGGAAGGAAGUGGCCCCCGCGCUCAGGGGCCACGUGGGCAGUGUGCGCACGGUGCUUCUGUGUGAGGACAGAGACCUGGUCAUAAGCGCCGGCUAUGACCUCACCAUCAGGUGUUGGAGUAUGAAGACAAGUGUGUGUUGGAUGCUGCUGAGUGGUCACACUGGAACCGUCACCUGUCUGGACGUCCACAGUGACCACCUCGUCUCCGGGGCCAAAGACUGCAGGGUCAAAGUGUGGGACCUUCAGAAGGGGAAGUGUUUGGAGACGUUGAGGUGGAAACACACCAGCCCUGUGCAGUGUGUGAGGGUCUUCUUGUCGCUGGUCUACAGCAGCUGUGCCAAGGGCCUCGUCAAGAUAUGGGACAUCGAGAAGGCGUCGGUGCUAAGGGUGCUGGACGCCCACACAAGCGCUGUGAAGUGCUUGUUCUUCGACCGUUGGCACCUUCUGUCAGGUGACGCUGAUGGGAAGGUCAUGGCAUGGAGCACCCACCGGGAUGCCACUAAAUGUCUCAUGACGUUCACCCACCCGAUGGAGGUCCGGUCUCUGGCCCUGGCCUACCUGCGCGUGGUGACGGGCUGCGAGGACGGGAAGAUGCGGGUGUUCAGCCUCCUCAACGGGGACUGCCUCAGGGUCAUCAAGGCCGGGAGCAAACUCAACCCCAUUCUCUCUGUUCAUUUCCAUGGCAACAAUGUGUUGGUGAACACCAAGUCCAGCCUGCUGCUCUUCCAGUUUGUCAAAGUGGGCUGGGAGUACCAGUCAGCGGGCCUCAGCUCUCCGUCCUCCGAAGCCCUGGCCCUCUCCGGGGCCCGGGUCGCCCUACUACCGGGCUCCGCACCCAGCAGGAUCCCUCACGACUUUGUCCGGGCGGAGCGCAUGGCGCUGGUGGGCUCGCCCUGCCGGGGGAUCUACGGCCCGGACGGCGAGCGGUCGGAGAGGGCGGCGCUGUCCCAUCAUGCUCGCUGUCUGUCCACCGGCAGGAUGAGGCGAGCGCGAGAGUCCCAGCAGGAGUCCCUACGGCCGUGCAGCUGGAGCGACCUGCGCAGCCACAGGCGCAGCCGGGCCUACCAGGACCUGCAGCCCGAGUUCAGGACCCCGCCCCCCUCGGCCAUCUCCCCUGGGAGGCCCGCCAGCGGCCGGGGGGCGGAGAGCGCCUGGACACAGAGACACACUUCAAAAGGCAGAGAGUUUGGUACGCCCGCUAAGACUGACGGGGCGGUCAACGCCAGCGAGAGGGCCGCUUCGGACCGCUCGAAGAAGAGGGGUCCUUCCCAUCGGCUGACCACAGACCGCAUCCUCCUGAAGGUCAACGCCAUCCAGCAGGCCCACGGCGGUGGCGGAGAGGCCGCCCUCCACACGGGGCCCAACGCCAGGCCCCGGAACGGAGCCAAGACCCCAGCCUUCAGACCGCCGCCGGUUCUCGGACAGCAGAACCCCCGGUUCGGGGGGAGAGCUCAGAACUCACCGAUGGCCAGUGGAGACAAGGAUCGGGAGGACAGGGCGAAGGCGUCGAGGACCAGGGCUCACUUUGACGCGGGCGCACAACAUCGUUGCCAUGCCGACAGUUCGCCCGCCGGUCCACACCAGGCGGGGCGACACCUGGGGGAGAGGGAGCGGCCCCACACGGCGGUGGCGGAGAAGAGAGCGACCCGGCUGCGGCGCAGAAAGAUCCGGAACGCCACGUGA